UUGCUAUCUGAGUAAACUAUAGGAUAUCAGCUGUAUCAGCAUGUGACUUUAGAGAGGAUGGUUAGGACUGUCCUAUGUCCCUCUGGUCCCUUUUAUCUACUGGAUGUAAUAAAGCUGUUUUACACCACGAGACCUUGUGGAAUUAGGAGUCAAAUGAGUAUUUUUCUGCAAAACCUAUCAUUCCACAUCUCUAAUUGUGUCUUGUCAAAACCAGGCACGCAUCAGCAACACCGUAACGUCAUCGUCAUGGCAGCACAGCUAUUUCAGGCCACUGGGGGCAGAAUGGAGCAGAUGGAACGGCAUGUGGGUCAGGCGAGCCAGAUGUCAGAUAUGCAAAUGUCCUCCUCAUCCACCUCCUCCACCUUUACCUCCUCCGUGAGCUCCACCAAGCUGCGCAAAGUCUCGCAGCGCUUGUCGAGGACCACGGACGAGCACUCCGGGGUUCAGGGUAAAACCUCCGCUGUGGUGGAGUCCUUCAGCCAGGUGCAGAAGUCCCUUCACCUACCCGAGGGAGAGUCCGUCCCAGAUUUUGAAGAGAAGCUGCGCCCCGUCACGGCCCAAGAGGGUGACAACGCUGUGUUUAAGGCCAAGGUGACGGGGAAUCCCCAGCCGAGCGUUAACUGGGAACGAGCCAGCGGGUGCCGGGCAUUGUCUGAUGGCACUAAAUCUUUCUAUGACAACAUAAACAAUCAGCACAUACUCAAGAUCAAAAACCUCACCCUGGAGGAUGCUGACGUCUACAAGUGCAUCGCCUCCAACAAGCACGGAGAAGCCACCUACUCUACAUCCCUCACUGUUACAGAGAAUCCAGCGUUGGACUUCAAAAAGAAGCUGAAGAAACGCAGUGUGGAGAAGAGAGAGGAGAGGAGGCCACCAACAGAGGAGGAGAUGCUGAAGAUCCUCGCUGGAGCUGACAAGAAGGACUACGAGAGGAUCUGCGCCGAGCACGGCUUCACCGACUUCAGAGGCAUCCUCAAGAAGCUGAAGGAGAUGAAGAAGCAAGUGGAGGUGGAGAUGGUGCGUGUGCUGAAGCCCCUGGAGGACAUCACUGCCACAGCUGACACCAACGUCGUCUUUGACACCAUCCUGGAACUGAAGGAUCCAAAUAUCAGGAUGCAGUGGUUUCUGGGCGCGGAGCUGCUGCGGGUCCAGUACUCUCACGGGAAAUACGAAGUGAAACAGAUGGGAACCAAGCACAUGCUGUGCAUUUCUAGCGUGAGCCUCAGUGACACGGGCACCUACACUCUGCAGGUUGCAGACAAGCGACUGUCAGCCAGGCUUACCGUCAUAGAUGAACCUCUGAAAUUCCUGUCAGACUUAAAGCCCAAGAAAGUGACAGAGCGCCAGACCGCCACGUUCGAGAUCCGUCUCUCUAAGAAGACAGAUGCGCCACUCAUCUGGAAGGUUAAAGGAAAGGAAGUGAAAAGAGAUGAAAAGUUCGACGUGUCCCUGUCUGAGGAUGGUCUGACCUACACCUUGAAGAUUAAGGAUGCGAAAGUCAGUGACACUGGAGACUACACCAUCAGCAUCGGAGACCUCACUGCCACCGUGCCACUUUUCAUUGAACGGAUUCCUGUCAAGUUCACCAGCCACGUCAAGAACGUCCGUGUGCAGGAGAGAGGCACGGCUCGCCUGGGGUGCGAGACGAGCUCCAAGGACGUGCACAUUCGCUGGCUGAAGGACGGGUGUGAUGUAACGGCGAGUCGUCGCCACGUCUUCGCGCGCGAGGGAAAGAGGGCAGAGGUCAUCAUCGAGGACUGUGAGCUGACAGGAGGGGAGUACUCUGUCGUCUGCACUCAGGACAACGACGCUAACGAAUAUGUCACGUCUGCCAAGCUGACUGUGGAUGAGCGUUUUGCCACAGUGGAGCGCAGUAUGUCGGACGCUCGGUGUCCUACGGGCUCCCCUGCAGAGCUGUGCGUUGUCCUUGACGAUGAGAAGGUCGACGGAGUGUGGCUGAAAGAUGGAGUGGAGGUUUCGGAGCUGAGGGGGGUUCAGGUGGUGAAACAGGGAGCCGUUCACAAGCUGAUCUUCUCUGGUGUGACCGAUACUCACGAGGGCAAGUACACCUUCAGAGCCAAGGGGGCUGAGAGCGAGGCUGUCCUCACUAUUGCAGACCCACCAGAAAUGGACUCCUCUGUGCUGGACUUGUUGGGGGCCCGACCUGUGACUGUGAAGGCGGGCCAGACAGCCACCAUUCAGAUCCCCUUCAAAGGCAAACCCCCUCCCAAGAUCACCUGGUACAAAGACGGCGUGGAGGUCACGGAGGAUGAGAGGAACAAGGUGGAGAGGACAGCUGACGGCACCUCGCUGGUGCUCAGCAGAUGUGUGCGAGAAGACAGUGGGGCCAUUAUGCUCCGUCUGAAGAGUGACUGUGGCACUGCUGUUGCCAACCUGCACCUCAACGUGAUUGACCAUCCCAAACCUCCACAAGGGAAAGUGGAGUUCCUCGAGCUAUCAGGAAAUAUUGUCAAAAUGAAGUGGAAGGCUCCGCGGGACAAUGGGGGCAAGCAUGUGACCAGCUUUGUGGUUGAACGUCGCACGGCGGGUAAGAAGUCGUGGACCAGGGUUGGUGAAGUAGACAGCAGCACCAUCAGCUUCAGCGAUGACAAAGUGGAGGAGGGCCAGGUGUACCAGUAUCGCAUCAGGGCCGUCAACGCGGAGGGAGUGAGCGACCCUCUCGAGACCGAGGAGGUGCGCGCUGGACAGCCCGUGGAGCCUCCAGGCACAGCGUCCCAACCCCAGGUGUCUAACAUAACCAAGGACACCAUGACAGUGAGCUGGACACCUCCAGCCCAGGAUGGGGGAGCUCCAGUUCUGGGCUACGUCCUGGAGAGGAGGAAGAAGGGGAGUAACAUGUGGUUACAGGUCAACAAGGAAAUGCUCACAGAUACAAAAUUCCUGGUGGAAGGACUGGUGGAUGGUGUGGAGUAUGAGUUCAGAGUCACCAGUGUAAACAGGGCUGGAGCAGGCGGUGCCAGCACCAUUUCUAAUGCUGUCCUGGCCAAAGACCCAACAAGAGCUCCUGGUCUGGUGAGGAACCUGUGUGUGUCCGAUUCCACAAACUCCUCCAUUUCUCUGAGGUGGAGUCCUCCAGAGCAGGGAGACGAGCCCUCGGGUUACAUCCUAGAGGUUCGCCCUGAAGAUGUUAAAGAGUGGGCGAAGGCCACCAAGAUCCCCAUCGUGGCUACUACCUUCAAUGUCGGAGGACUUCAGGAGCGGAGGAAGUACCACUUCCGUGUCCGGGCUGUCAAUGAAGGAGGUGUGGGGGAGCCAACUGAGCUGUUGGAGGGUGUACUGGCCAUGCCUCCACCUGUGGCGCCUAGGUUUGAUCUCCAGGGGAAGCUGAAGAACCCGGUGGUGGUCCGAGCUGGAUCUGCACUUCGCCUACACCUCGGCUUCACUGCUUCACCUACCCCAGUGGUAACCUGGUUCAAGGACGACCUCAUCACUGCGGGACGGGAAGUCAUCACCAAGAGCCAGAAUCACUCCCAGUUCCUGAUUCCCACUUCUCAACGAUCGGACUCUGGCGUCUACCGUGUCCACCUGAAGAACGACAAUGGAGAGGCUCACUAUGAUGUCACUGUCAGGGUUACGGACUUUCCUCGGCCCCCGAAGAACCUCGGCUUGGUAGAGGAGGUUCCGAGCACGGUGACCCUGCAGUGGGAUCACACCCCAGACCUGGCUGACGACGACGAGGGAGCACAUUACAUCAUCCUCAAACGGGACACCAGCACUGCCUCCUGGUUCACCGUGGCCGAGCGGGUCUUCAGCAACAAGUACACCGUGACGGGACUGCUUCCGGGGAGAAAGUACUACUUCCGAGUCAUUGCACACAACUCUAUCGGAGACAGUGAGCCUUUGGACUCCAAAGAACCUGUCAUCAUGGCCAAGGAGAAAGAGUGCAUCAGAAGCCUUCGUUUGAAGGAAUAUGUCUCAAAGCCACGUCAGGUGAAACCGACGUUCCUGCUGCCGCUGAAGGACCACGCUGUUCGCAGAGGCCACGACUGCACCAUGAGCUGUGCCUAUCAGGGCAUGCCAACACCCCAGGCCUGCUGGUAUAAGGGGGAAUCAAAGAUCUCUGACUCCCCUCGGUUUUGGCACAGCACAGCCAACGGAGUGUGCACACUGGUCAUCCCCACCUGUGGAGCUGAAAACAGCGGAGAAUACACCCUGGUGCUGGAGAACCCCCUGGGGACGGCCAAGUGCUCCUGCAACUUGGUGAUAUUUGAUAAGGAUGACAAGAGUCUGCUGGAGAGCCUGACCAAGCAGGCCCACAAAGAGAAGCUCAUUUUAUAAGAAGUCUGCUUCAACCGUCGCCAUGACAGAUGCACUUUGAUUACGCUGCAUGUAUUGCCACCACUUAAAAAUGCUUUUAGUAGUGGUUAGAGAUUUAGGAAAUUGGAGAUCUAUAAAGCAGAUUUUGGAUUGACUUGAAUUUUCUGACUUUUAUCUACUUGUUUUGGCCCCAUCUUACUCAAUUUCCCAGGCUCUAGGAAUGCAACACAUGGCCACUAGAUGUCAGGCUUGCUCCCUUCUUAGUGUGGGUGUUAUCCUCCAAGAGCUGAGUGUUGGAGGCAUUCUUACUCAUUAGUCAUCUCGCUCAGCCAGAGAGAUUGUCCCUUCUCACAAAUGCUUUUCUCCCUAUAAAAUUAUUUUUACUUUUA